AUGCCGUCAAAGCGCCCAUCUCUUCCUUGUUUCCCCCAUCUCUCUCAGAAAGACAAUUUUGUUUUUAUCCCGGCCUCCAUGCCUUCCGAUGAUGGUACUCCGGCACCUUCUGGCUUGCUCGCAACCCCGAUGGCUAUAGACGACAACAACCUAGCCGCCUCUUCCUCCACCUCUGCAUCUGACCCCGUCCCCAUCCCUUCCGUCCCAUCCUCAUCCGAUGCACCCACCGUUCCCGACUUCAAAGUUUACAAGCCCUCAUCAUCCAACGCGCCUCCCCUCCGUGAGAAGCCCGUUCUCCCUGAUGAGUACUUUACACCCACCGCCGCGGAUCUGCAAUCCGCCCAGGCUACGCUGUCGUCCCGCACGCAAGCGCUCAACGACGCACCGCUGCAGUUCCGGGCCGAACGGGAGGCGGCGGCGAAAGCGAAGCGGGAGCGGUGGCCCUCGACGACGAUCCGGAUCCGGUUCACCGACCGCACGCAGCUCGAGAAGGUGUUCCCCUCCAGCAGCAAGAUACGCGCUGUCUACGCCUUCGUGCGCGGAUCCCUCCGCGAGGACGUCAAGCCGUUCAAAUUCGUGCUAUACCAGCCCCCGAAACGCGAUCUCAAAGUUUCCGAUGUGAAGGUCCGCGAUCUGACGCUGGCCGACCUCCAGCUCGCGCCGGCGUCCGUGCUCCUUCUGCGAUUCGAGGAUGCAGAUCACGAGUCGGAGGCUCGGGCAUUGAAUGGGAUAUCGGUUGCGGCACCUCUGGCACCCGAAAUCAUGCAACAUGCCAUCGACCUGCCCGCUCCCCCGCCAGCCCAAGCCAGCACCACCAACACCACUUCAGCCAACCUCGCGGCCUCCGCAUCCAAGGCAGCGGCGAGCAUCGAGAAGAAGAUACCCAAGUGGCUCAAGAUGGGCAAGAAGUAACGCCCCGUAAUAUAUCAUGCAAAGUGGACACCGAUGUCAUGGAAGGCGGCCAGCAGUCUGGGGAAAUUUAGUACGAGAUCGCGAGGACCAUUGAUACAACACACUUGAGCAGAUCGUCGAUGUCCAUCUUGGCUGCUCUUUUGUCGGUAUAGCUCGACUCCGUGAGAGUAUUCUCUAUCCUUGCUUUCAUAUUCACAUCGUCCUCGACCAUCUGAAGAUGCCGUAAGGUGGGUAAGAAAACAACUUUGAGUGAGGACCCGCCUUGUCGGUCUCAGCGCACCACGUCCGCCAGUUCUUUUCCAGCAUCUCGAUCACGCCCUUCGCCAUGAAGUUGCCGUGGACGGUCUUGUUCCGCCGACUGAAGAUGAUGCGAUUGAGCCCGUCGAACUCCUCGAACUUGACCGGGGGCGGCGGAUCGCGCAGCGCAACACGCACAACGCUGCUCUCGACCUUGGGCGCCGGCCGGAAGUUGUUUUUGCCGACGUUCAUGAUGUGGUCGACUAGGAGGAUGAGGACGUGGCUGUUGCGCGGUCGGAGGGGUCACCCACCUUUGGCGUACAUCUGCACAUUCGCGGAUAGUCGUGACCACAGGUCAGACCCCGGCUGCGCGACCAGUCGGAGCGCAAACUCGCGCUGGAACAUGAGGAUGCAGACGCGGGGCAACGGCCGAUGUGAGAGUAGUCGGAAUAUCAAUGGUGAUGAGAUCUGGUACGGCGUGUUGGAUAUGCAGAUGUCGAAAUACGGCCAGUCCGCUUUGACUGCGUCUCCGAUGAUGAUCUCGAGCUUGCGCUGCUCCGGCCUGAUAUCGAUUAGACCCUGGCUUUAGGUGCACGAUUAAGUUCACGACGCACUUUCCCUGCACUCGUUUCGUCAAUUCGGCCGCCAUGCGUGGAUCGAAUUCGACGGCGGUCACUGGCACCGAGAUCAUUCUGGUUUCGGGGAGAGCGGAAUUGCACAACACACCGUGUUUUGCCUGUUCCAGGAUCCUCAUGGUCAGAUUACCCGUCCCAGGUCCAACUUCGAGGACUCGGUCGGUCGGCUUGAUCCCAGCCUUGUCCACAAUCCUUAAUUAUGAGGUCAUUGUCGAUCCUCUAAGUGCACCAGACAUGACGGAGAGCACGGACCCUUGAGCUACGAGCGGAUUUUUGAGAAUAUGUUGGCCAAAUUGCUCCGUCUUGAAGAUCGGGUUGCGGGCGGCCGAGGAAGAUGAGCCCGCAUCCUUGGAAGAUGAUGACGAGGCUUUUGCGGAUGGCUGGUGCGCGCGGUGGAACUUGUCGGUCGUUGCUCGAGGCAUGGAUGAAAAAGUUACAAGAUGUCAAAUCCGUGGCAGUGCCUGUCAUCGAGGAUUGACAGCCCAGCGUGUGGGCUCGGCUUCGCUCCUCCGAAUCGUAGCUUGUCAAUAUGUACCAACUGUUCUUCCGCUUGUCUCCAUCUCACCUUUUCCCCCUUCACGAGUCCACCCAUGUCUGCUGCGCCAAACCCCGAGGCCGGUCUGCCUCUCAACUCGGAUGUUGACGCGGAAACGGUCGCCACGAAAACGUCGCGACGCACGUUAUGGGAGCAUCUCGACACGGAAGUCGAUCCGUCGCAAGCCACGGGCCCACUAGCCGCAUUCUGCUUCAUGACUGGAUACAUCGAUGCGAUCUCGUUCACGGCAGUCUUCGUCUGGUGCGGGUUUCAAACCGGCAACUUUGCCCAGCUUGCUCUCGCCUUGGCACGACUAUGGGAGACGGCACCCUCUGGCUCGGGGCAUGAUACCAGCUUCCACAUUGCAGACCGACAAGCUCUGACGUCCCUGCUUGCUUUCAACGCCGGCGCAUUCUUCGGUCGGCUGGGAGAUCGCAUCGGGCCUCACAAGCGCAGCUGGCUAGUCGGUGCGACAUUCGUGCAGAUUCUGCUCACCAUGGCUGCUGCCUUGACCAUCUGGAAGAGCGGACAGGGGAGCAUCGCUGCCGAGCGCGGCACUCCCAGUUGGAGCAACACCCUCACUUUCGUCGGCCUCGCGUUCAUGAGCGCGAGUUUGGGGGUCCAGGGGAUCGUCGGGAAGCGCCUGAACACGCAAUUCACUACGACAAUUGUUCUGACCACUGUCUGGGUCGAACUCGUCACGGACCCCAGCCUCUUCAACCUCCGCAAAAAAGUCAUCACACGCGACCACAAGCUGAUUGCAGCCGCAGGGCUCUUUCUUGGCGCAUUCGUCGCGCGCGCGAUCCUUGCCGCCAUCGGCGCUGCUGCCGCACUUGGUAUCGGCGCUGGUGUUCGCGUCCUCAUUAUGCUGGCUUGGAUAGUCAUUCCUGGAAAGCCUGCAAAGCAUUGAUGUUAUUUUCCUUGGCCCCCGUCUCCUAGAGUAGAGAAUGAAGCAUUGUCUCCAUUAUAUAGCAUUUUCUACAUCCAUCGCUACAGAUGACAUACCCGCAAUUCGUCGUUGAAUCAACCUGGGUAGCAACUUAAACACAUACAAAAUCUCGGGUAUCGGAAAUACUCACCGAGCAAACACAUCCAACGGUCCAUCCACUGGUGCGGUGGAGACCUCAGGCUGCGUCCCUGUGUCCUGUCCGUGCUGGUCGGCGUCGUAAUUGCGUAGGGGAACCCAGCUACUCAGAGGAUUCGUCCCCGGCUCGAAGCUUGCCUCGGAAACAUACAACAGCAAACCAUCCGAAGCCACCUGCGCGCUUUGCGUGGCAGUCAGCUGCAAGCUUUUGGGCACGUCCACUGACAUCCCUUCCUCCUCUGAUUCAAGGACCGGAAUCUGGACAGAUAUGGCACGAUUGCACCGUGCCAGUGGAACAAUAGCCGUAGCUAACGAGGACAUGCUUGUGUCUGCGUGGUACGGGAUCCCAGCGAACGUUGUCGGAUAUGGGAAACGGUAGGCAGUGGACGGCGAUUGCUCCAGCCCUCCACUUGCUUCUGCGUUAUGUCGGAUAGAGGGCGGGGAUGAGGAAGGCAACUCUUGCAAUCGAG